AUACGCACUUUCAUGGCGGCGAGCCCGACAAGGGUAGCAUUACUUUGCAACAUUUGUUGAAGCAUUUAUCAUUAUUUAUUUGUAGUUUCCGGUGGUUUCGUAGAAUCUGAAAUUCAAAAUGUUAAUUACACUUAAAACCUUGCAACAACAAACGUUUAAGGUUGAUAUCGCAGAGGAAUCAACGGUGAAAGAACUAAAAGAGAAAGUGGAGGUAGAGAAGGGGAAAGAAUUUCCUGCUGCAGGACAGAAGCUCAUUUAUGCAGGAAAGAUUUUAGAAGAUGACAAGAAAAUAUCAGAUUAUAAGAUAGAAGAGAAGAAUUUUGUUGUUGUCAUGAUAACAAAGCCGAAGGCGGCACCCCCAGCCAAACCCGCAGAGAGCACCAGCACACAGCCAGCUCCCACAGAACCUGCUGCUGCAGCUGCCCCCGCCCCUGCCCCCACCCAGACACCCACUCCUGCACCCGCACCGGCACCCACCCCCGUACAGACAGAGGCAAAAGACACACCCAAACCCGAGGAAGCUAAGCCAGAGGAUAAGCCUGCAAGCAUCCCAGCAGCCACUGGGACAUCUGCAUCUGGCGAGACCCCUGCACAGCUAGCUGCAAGUGCAUUACCCCAGUCAGCCAUACAGUCAGCAGAAAGCUCCCUUGUGACAGGCCAGGAGUAUGAGAACAUGGUGAUGGAGAUGAUGAACAUGGGCUUCGACAGGGAGAUGGUGGUGCAGGCACUCAGGGCUAGCUUCAACAACCCAGACAGAGCUGUAGAGUAUCUACUAGGGGGUAUUCCUGCUACACCAGUUGCUGUAGUUGAUGACCCCCCUCCAGCUCAGCCAGCCCCUGCCCCACCCGCAGCCACGACCGGUGCUCCACCCCCUACACAAGCUGCACCCCCUGCAGGUACCCCCCCUGUACAAGGCCCGGCACAGGGGACAGGCUCCACCCCAGCCAGUGCUGCCCCUGUAGGAGGCAAUGCUGGAGACCCAUUAUCAUUUUUACGCUUACAACCCCAGUUUCGGCGGAUGCGAGAAGCCAUUCAAGAAAAUCCUCAAUUACUCCCAGUUUUGUUACAGCAAAUUGGUCAGACAAAUCCUACUCUUUUAGCACUAAUUAAUCAGAAUCAGGAGCGCUUUGUAGACAUGUUAAAUGAGCCACUAGACGAUGAAGCAGCAGAGCCCCAGGGGGCUGGGGCAGGGAGUGGCCAGGGUUAUAUACACGUCACACCACAGGAAAAAGAGGCAAUUGAAAGGUUGAAAGCAUUGGGAUUCCCUGAAACAUUGGUUGUUCAAGCAUACUUUGCCUGUGACAAGAAUGAAGAGCUUGCUGCUAACUUUUUGUUAACCCAAACAUUGGAUGACGAAGAGCAACAAAGCUGAUCAUUUUAAACAAAGACGAUUGGGAUUAUUUCCCCUACAGUUAUACACAUGUAAAGAAAAUCUUGGGACUUUAAAGGAAAUCAUAAGCCCUGUGGAAGAUGGCGAAAGUGGUGCCCGUUUUCUUGCAUGGAUAUACUAUCCAUAUUUUUGAGAAGGCGAUGAUUGUAUGAAAUGCUGACAGAUUUUAUGCCUGCCAUGAAAAUUAAUGUGCAUACCAUAGUUGGUCUCGAUAUAAACUCUCGCUCUAUCCACCCAUCGCAAAUAUGUACAAACUGAUGAUGACAUUUACUGAUGGAGAAGUAGGUUGAAAUUUGCACUAACCAAAGCCAAAGUUACUUGGGUUGCUAAGCAACCAACAUUUCAAGUGGUUAGUCACUGUUUCAACUACCAAGUCUAAUCAGUCGGUGUAAUGAUGUUGCAGAUUUUCAUUACGAUGUGGAGCAGUGUACACAGUAUUUGAUUCUCUGUCAUUAAGUUUGAUGUUCUUGCUAAGCAUAACAAAUUUUUACUCCAGGUAUUUAUGGCGCAUAAAUUCUUCACGUACCGAAAUAUUACGAAGCCACAAUUUGCUGAAAGUAUUUUGUGAUUGUCUGCAUACCUCAGGAUUCGUGCUGCAGUUCACGCCAAGUCUUAGACAGAAAUUACACUGCUUUUUGAUACUAUGGAUACUCAACAACUGAUAUAGGAUAGGUUUUGUCUACAGCAGUCAUCCAUGCCUACUGCACUGUGACCUUCCACUUCAAUCAAACUCCUUGCACCACACUUGCCCUGUAUGGAGCGACAUCACGACUGCAUCUGGAUGAUAGCGUAGACACUGAUAUGUUAUGGACAAAAUAUUAAGUUGAAAAAAAUAAAUUAUGUAUGGCAAUUUUUGUUUUCAAUGGAUACAUUGUACAGGUAUUUGAAAAGUUCUUUUUUGAAAUGACUUGGUAAAUUCUUUACCAGUAGUUUCAAUCUGCAUGUACUGAUCUACUCAUUUUCAUUCCUUUUGGAAAUGGAAUUGAGUUUGUUUGGGGGUUGACCUUCUCAAUCAGAUCAGUGGCAGUCAUAACAUGUCAAGUAAGAUUUCUGUAACUUUUCUUUCAAUCGUUAUAAGCCACAAAAGUAAUCAUUGAUGGCACAGUGCACUACCCCUGCAUAUACAUUCAAUUGUGUGCCUUGACAGUCAGUUUUGUCUGCAUGCACAUGUCCUUGAACACUGUUACAAUCAGGGAACCAAGCUUCCUCGUGUGGUAUAUCUUUUCACAUAUCAGUUAAUUUAUUUAAAAAUGAUAGCAGGCAGAUAUAUUUGAGAAAUACAUGUUGAAGCUGGUGAGAAUGUUGAUUGGUGUAACUACUAAUAAUCUGAUGUCAUGUUACAUCAGUGAGCUUUGGGACAGGGUGUUACAUAGUGUUCUCUAGAGGUAAAAGGAUAAGGACAUUUAAAACAUGUUAGACAUGCCUUUUCCUUUGGGUUGCAUCACCAGGUAGCACUUGAUUGACACGAGAUCAGAUUAUUUCAGGGGAGAGCACUCUAAGAAAACUGAUUGAACAGUGGUCUUAGAUUCAAGUAACUGUCAAAUAUGACACGUUGGUUAAUAUUAUCCAAUGGCGCUUGCAUUCCAUUUUUGGGAUUGAUCAUUAAUUGAUAAACAUGAAACCUUGAUCCUUUCGUAUGUAUUGUUUCUUUUUGUCAUUAAAUGAUGAAAGGUGUGAUUCUGAUUCUAAUAAAGCAUCCUGUUGUUGAUGUCCAUAGUACUCAAAGCCUUGAAAAUUAGCAGAUGCUAAAAAAUCCCUGCUAAAAUUUUAUGAAUAAACUGUUUAUUCAA